AGCUCCACAGCACCUGGACCAGCCUAGCCUCCCCCAUCCCCACAACCACCCCCCUUUCCAGCCACUCCCACAGCACCCAGAUGGACCUGGCCUCCCCUACUACCACCCCUAUCCUCACAAUGACCCAUAGAGCCCAAACAGACUCAAGCUUCCCCAUCCCAGCAACCACCCAGUCUCUAAACAUGGCCCACAGCACCUGGCCAGGCCUGGCCCCCACCACCUCCUACACAACCACCCAGCCUCGGGACGAGACCCACAGCGCCCGGAUGGGCCCAGCUCCCUCCGACCCCACCACCACCCAGCCUCGGGACGAGACCCACAGCGCCCGGAUGGGCCCAGCUCCCUCCGACCCCACAACCACGCAACCUCGGGACGAGACCCACAGCGCCCGGAUGGGCCCCGCUCCCUCCGACCCCACAACCACCCAGCCUCGGGACGAGACCCACAGCUCCCGGAUGGGCCCUGCUCCCUCCGACCCUACAACCACCCAGCCUCGGGACGAGACCCACAGCGCCCGGAUGGGCCCGGCUCCCUCCGACCCCAAAACCACCCAGCCUCGGGACGAGACCCACAGCUCCCGGAUGGGCCCGGCUCCCUCCGACCCCACAACCACCCAGCCUCGGGACGAGACCCACAGCUCCCAGAUGGGCCCGGCUCCCUCCGACCCCACAACCACCCAGCCUCGGGGCGAGACCCACAGCGCCUGGAUGGGCCCGGCUCCCUCGGACCCCACAACCAUGCAGCCUUGGGACGAGACCCACAGUGCCUGGAUGGGCCCAGCUCCCUCUGACCCCACAACCACCCAGCCUCAGGACGAGACCCACAGCGCCUGGAUGGGUCCCGCUCCCUCUGACCCCACAACCACGCAGCCUCGGGACGAGACCCACAGCGCCUGGAUGGGUCCCGCUCCCUCCAACCCCACGACCACGCAGCCUCGGGAUGAGACCCACAGCGCCUGGAUGGGCCCAGCUCCCUCCGACCCCACGACCACCCAGCCUCAGGACGAGACCCACAGCGCCUGGAUGGGCCCAGCUCCCUCCGACCCCACGACCACUCAGCCUCGGGAUGAGACCCACAGCGUCCGGAUGGGCCCAGCUCCCUCCGACCCCACAACCACCCAGCCUCGGGACGAGACCCACAGUGCCCGGAUGGGUCCGGCCUUUCCCUCCCAGCCCCAGGGCGAGCCUCCUGGUACUCGAACGCAGUAUGCCAGCCCAGCAAUUAAUGGGACAGGUUGUGCCAAGACACCUGCAGCACCCUGGCUUCCAGGCACCCCGGCUGCACAGACAGAUGCUGCCGCCACACCAGGCCAGCCUCAGGGACCCGUCCUGGAGAUGCCACACCCUGUCACCCGCGCCCUCCCAGCCACUGCCUUCCCCCCAACCAUGCCCGCAACCCUGGCCCUCCCAUCCCUGGCCACUGCUCCCCACACCACCACCCCUCGGGCCACCACCACCCCUGCUCCACCCCCUGCCCAGGGGGCAGUGACUAUGGUGUGGGAGACAAGAGCCCCCGUACUGGCUGCAGGGCUGGGGGCAGUCAGGGGGAAGGGGGAUUGCCAGGAGCCAGGCUACAAAUCUCCCCAGCUGCAGGAGUUGAUCCAGGUGGUGCGGGAGCUGCGGGGGGACUUGCACGCCCUCGUCCAUGCCCAGCAGCAGGAGCGUCGCCAGCUGGGAGCCAUCGCUGGCAGCCUGGCUGAGCUGGCGGGGGCUGUACGGCAGCUGGUAGGGGAGCUGCCCAGCCAGGUGCUUCGGGGGCAGAGCCAGCUCCCCCCUCCAGUGUGGCGCAGGCAGGGCCCUGCACCCCACACUGACAGCCUCGCCUGAUACCUACCUACCAAAGAGCCCCACUGAGAGACAGUACCCUUCCCUGGCCUGAACUAACCCCCCACUGAGAGACAGACCCCCCCCUCCCCAGCCUGAACUAACCCCUCACU